AUGCUGUGGGCCCAACAGGUGCCCUGUAGGGCCGAGGAGGGUACCCUGUACGGGGGGGCAGCCAGGCACCCGAGGUUGGCAGCGGCUCUGGGACAGACCGGGUCUGGCAGGGAUCCGCGAGCAUCUCUAACCAGGUUCCUCCUCCCAGGGAAUGAGUCCAUCUGCUCGCCCAACGUCUACAUCGAAUGCGCUGACCGGACGCUCGAUGCGGUGGUGCAGGACUCCCAGGAGCGCUGCAGCUGCCCCACGCCCUGCAACCUGACGCGCUACAGCAAGGAGAUCUCCAUGGUGCGCAUCCCCAACAAGGGCUCGGCCCGCUACCUCGCCCGCAAGUACCACCGCAACGAGACCUACAUCCGGUGAACUUCCUGUGCUGACAUUUCUUCGAAGGCG